AUGCCUCUGCCUAUGUGCUUCGCUCUUCUCCCUCGGCCUACGGAUGCCUCACCUAUUCAGGAUUCAUACCCAUACUGUGCCAACGCAAUACCAUCAAGGGUAGGUAGUCAGCAUGGCAGACUGAUAGCUAUCCGACGAGGCCGAGCCAGGGUGGUUCGGGGAUGCCACUGUGUAUUAUUGUGUCUGGUAGAUGAAGUGCGGCUCACCCGGCCAAUCAGCUCAAGUCAGCAGAUGCUCAUCCGCGAUUGCCGACCUGCCGCCAUUCUCUAA